GCCACUAGAGAGCCUUUUGAGCUUUUCCUCCCUCACUCACUCAGAAAUCAAGCAACACGGAGCGAGAAAGAGAGACUUGCAAACUUAAAGGAAACUUCAGUUGGACUUUUCCCAGCUCUGCUAGACUUGAGUGGCGGAAUGGAUUUUCCUCUGAUACUUUGAAUGUCACGGCACAACUCUGGGCUUUUGGCACGGAAGGGAUCUUUUAAGUUGUGUUGACUAAGCGUGUGUGUGAGCAAGGCGCGUGCGUGUGUGACAGGAGCAAUGUCAGGUGUAACACGGAAAGGUUCUGGGAGACCAGGAUAUUACUAUAGGCUCCUGGGUCGAACGAGGCUACAGAGGCAACGCAGCCGCUCCAGGAGCAGAAGCAGAGUCACAAACAAUAAGGACUCUCCACCUGAGAGAACAGGGCGGAGACGUAGCAUACCAGGCUCCGCCCCUGACAAAGUCCCACCCACAAUGGAGCCCACAGCCGCCGCUGCUGCAACACCCUUCAGAGUCACUGGUUUUUUGAGUCGGAGGUUAAAAGGCUCAAUCAAGCGGACUAAGAGUCAGCCUAAACUGGAUAGGAACAGCAGUUUCAGACACAUCCUGCCAGGCUUCAGACCAGUGGACAACGAGAGGUCUCAUCUGAUGCCCAGGCUGAAGGAGUCGCGCUCUCACGAGUCUUUGCUCAGUCCCACCAGUGCAGUCGAAGCUCUGGACCUCAGCAUGGAGGAAGAGGUCCUCAUUAAACCAGUGCACAGCUCCAUCCUCGGCCAGGAUUACUGCUUUGAGGUGAGCACCUCCACAGGUAGUAAGUGUUUUUCUUGCCGUUCAGCAGCAGAGAGAGACAAAUGGAUGGAGAACCUGCGACGAGCCAUCCACCCUAAUAAGGACAACAGUCGGCGGGUCGAAAAUAUGCUCCGGCUGUGGAUCAUCGAAGCAAAGGACCUUCCGGCCAAGAAAAAGUACUUCUGUGAGCUGUGCCUGGACGACAGCCUAUAUGCCCGCACGACCUGCAAGAUGAAGACGGAUAACGUGUUCUGGGGUGAACACUUCGAGUUCAAUAACCUCCCUGCGGUCCAGAGCAUCACAGUCCAUGUCUACAGGGACUCAGACAAGAAGAAGAAAAAAGACAAAAACAACUACGUGGGGCUGGUGAGCAUCCCUGUGGUGACCGUCACGAGCAGGCAGCUGGUUGAGAAGUGGUACCCGGUUAGUCAGCCCAAUCCUGGGAAAGGAAAAGCGGCUGGUCCCAUGGUCCGCAUCAAGGCCCGGUACCAGAGCAUGAACAUCCUCCCUAUGGAGCUGUACAAGGAGUUUGCAGAGUACACCACCAACAACUACAUGCUGCUCUGCUCGGUGCUGGAGCCGGUCAUCAGUGUCAAGAACAAAGAGGAGAUGGCCUGCGCUCUGGUGCACAUUUUGCAGAGCACCGGCAAAGCCAAGGACUUCCUGACAGAUCUGAUGAUGUCAGAGGUGGAUCGAUGCGGAGAGAACGAGCACCUGAUAUUCAGAGAAAACACACUGGGCACUAAAGCCAUCGAGGAGUAUCUCAAACUGGUCGGACAGAAAUAUCUGCAAGAUGCGCUGGGUGAGUUUAUUAAGGCUCUGUAUGAGUCUGAUGAGAACUGUGAAGUGGACCCGUCCAAAUGUUCAUCCAGUGAUCUGCCCGAACAUCAGAGCAACCUGAGGAUGUGCUGUGAACUGGCUUUCUGCAAGAUCAUCGAGUCUUACCGCGUGUUUCCUCGGGAGCUGAAGGAGGUGUUUGCGUCGUGGAGGCAGGAAUGUGGUAAUCGAGGGCGUCCAGAUAUCAGCGAGCGUCUUAUCAGCGCCUCCUUGUUUCUGCGUUUUCUGUGUCCGGCCAUCAUGUCUCCAUCUCUCUUCAACCUGACGCAGGAGUAUCCAGACGACCGCACUGCACGCACACUCACUCUUAUCGCAAAGGUCACGCAGAACCUGGCAAAUUUCACCAAGUUUGGUAAUAAGGAGGAGUACAUGUCAUUCAUGAAUCAGUUUUUGGAGCAGGAGUGGACCAACAUGCAGCGCUUUCUGCUGGAGAUCUCCAACCCUGAGACCAUCUCUAAUACUGCAGGCUUCGAGGGCUACAUUGACCUGGGCCGUGAGCUCUCCACAUUACACUCACUGCUAGCUGAAGUGCUGUCCCAGAUGGACCAGAGUGCUGCCUCCAAGCUUGGCCCACUACCCAGAAUAUUGAGAGACGUCCAUGGAGCGUUAACAAACCCGAAUGUACAGAUGAGCGUUCCUUCUGACCGAGUGCCCUCGCCACCAGUCCCUGGAUGCAGCAUCUCCACUGGGAUACAAAAGAUGGCCAUUGAUAGCGACCUGCCGGGCCCAGUGGACUUUACUCGCCUUCCUUCCCCCACCCCUGAAAACAAAGACCUCUUCUUCGUUACACGCUCUUCUGGCCUCCAGGGCUCCCCUGCCCGCAGCUCCAGCUACUCUGAGGCCAAUGAACCCGAGCUAGGCCUGGCCAAUGGUGGCAAGAGUCUGUCCAUGGUAGAUCUCCAAGAAGCAGCCAGAGCGUUAGAACCCAUUUCCAUUCCGGCAGGGAUAACUUCAGAAGGUAUGGGAGAGGGUGUCAUGGUCCCCUGGAAUGCACGGACUCCUCAAGGCAACAUUGCUGGAGGCCCCACUCUUCACAGGCCAGUACAGAGUCCCACUACCCCAGGAGCAGAAGGGGCCCCAGGCAGGCCCACGCAACUCUUGGCCCCGCUAUCUUUCCAGAAUCCAGUGUACCAGAUGGCAGCAGGGUUGCCAGUCUCUGCUAGGGGUAAUGCGAGUGGGGAUUCUGGGUCGGAGUGUCACAGUUCCGUCAGUUCCCAUAGCAACAAUGAAGAGGGUCUUGGAGGAACCAAGACCACCUUCCUUACCCAGGGGGCUUCGGUGGGCGAGGAGUUUGCAAGGCGUUCGGGAGAUUUUUCAAGACGCCAGUUAUCGUUAACUGACCCGCAGCAUGGACACCAGCCAACGGUCCCACGACAGAGCAGCGCCGGCCCCCAGCGGCGGAUUGACCAGCCUCCACCACCUACACAGACUGCACCCAGAGGACGAACUCCACCCAACCUGUUAAACUCCGCCCCCUACCCACGACCUCUCAACAACACUAUGAUGUCAUCAUCACCAGACUGGCGUGGAAGUGGUGCACGACUUCGGCAGCAGAGCUCCUCUUCCAAAGGGGACAGUCCAGAAACAAAGCAUCGUGGACCACAUAAACAAGCCCCGUCCCCAGUGAACCCCAGUGCACUGGACCGUACGGCUGCCUGGUUGAUGAAUGUGCCAUAUAUAGAGCAGGAGCCCGAGACAGAGCUUUGCAGAGAUGAGCACACACAAGCUGAAAAGUAUCAGGCGGAGAUCAGUAUGCUGCAGGACCGUCUGCGUAUGUCGGUGCAGAGGCUGGAGGAGUACGAGGCCCGGCUAAAGGGACAGGAGGAACAGGCCCAGAAGAUGCUGCUGGAGUAUCAGGCCCGACUGGACGAGUCAGAGGAGAGACUGAGACGACAACAAGAAGACAAAGAUCUGCAGAUGAAGGGCAUCAUAAGCAGGUUGAUGUCGGUGGAGGAAGAGCUGAAGAAGGAUCAUGCUGAUAUGCAGGCAGUUGUUGACUCCAAACAGAAGAUAAUUGAUGCACAGGAGAAACGGAUAGCCUCUCUAGACGCAGCUAACGCUAGGCUAAUGAGUGCUCUGUCCCAACUGAAGGAGCGCUACAGCAUGCAGACGCGUAAUGGCAUCUCUCCCACAAACCCCACCAAACUGCAGAUCACAGAGAACGGAGAGUUCCGCAACAGCUCCAACUGCUGAGCACAGACACACAGAACCAAGAGAGAGAGAGAGAGAGAGAGAGGACAUGAUAUUCUGUAGGUGAACCCUGAGAGAAAACCGCAGGUGAGGACACUGAACACUCAGCAGAACGGCUGUCCAGAAACAUCCGCUGGUGACACUACUGUUCAAGUACUUCAUGUUAGGACACACCACUAGACACUCAUUCGUGAUUCAAAACAGCUGACUGUAUAAUAGAAGAACACAAAAAAAAUACAGCUGACAUGGUGACUAUUCAAACACUAGACCUUCUAGUCUGCAAAAAAAGUCAUUAAACUUGCUUUAAAAUAGGUGUUUUCCAUACAACCUCUGAAAAAAGAAACUCAAUUCUGAACCGUUUAUUUAUAACACUCUUUACUUUAACAAGAACCGACUGAAACUACAGAACGAGCGACUCUGUGUGGAGAAUUUCGAGCUCUUCUUCAUACCCUCACUUCCGUUUCUCCCUACAUAGUGCACUUUGUCUCUCCAUCAUGAGAAGCCUUAAAAUGUUGCAUCUGAAAUGUCCCUCAGUCCUUAGCUUUUUGUUUUUACAGUUCAGAUGAACAUCUGUGAUAGAUUAUGAUGUCUAUUUUAAAAUAUAUAUAUAUAUAUAUAUUUUACAUUCCCCAUCAAUCAAUAUUUCUAUUUGUCUUUUUUUUUUACUCUGGACAAAAAUAGUCCGGUCUGUAACAAACACGUCCUACAUCUUAUUUGGGUCCAUUUCAGAUAUUAUUCUGAGUUGGAGCAGAGUGAAUGUUUUCAACGCUAGUCCACAUCGACAUGGUUUUACAUUGAAGUUUUUAAAACCGCCUUGUUUAGCUCGUGCUUUUUGUUUGGAAGAGUUUUGCUUCAAUUUUUAUUAUGGGUUUUUACUGUUCAGUCCUCUUUUUAUGCCUUCAUUUGUACAUGUGUGUUUGUAUUUUAUAUGUGUUGCCUCAUUGGUCCAAAUUGCUGCACGCUUUACAUUUCAGCAUUUUAGAGUUUGUAUAUUUUUAUAUUUAAAAAAAAAACAGAUGUGAGGAUUUUCUGCAUUUAUCAUGGAGCUGCUGUUUUCCUUUACCCUGAUGACCUUUGAGGAAAAGACACACAUUACACGUCUCUAUUUUCUUGCAAAUAUACAUAUUAAGACAAACUGUCAUGGGACAUAUAUAAAAGAUGAAAGAAAUGCUAUUUUUAAGGGAAAGCCUCUCUAUAAAUGUGCUCUUAGAUGGAGUAAAUUAUGAUUAUAGAUGUUCAGAGUGAAUGAUGUUCUUACAUCAAUCUAACAAGCACAAACCACAUCUGUCCCCCUGAAGACUAUGCACUUUCUUCCUUUGUUAUCUACACCUGGGUUUACAUCACUCCAUCAACAUGUAGCAAACACAUUAUUAUUAUUAUUUAAAGGUUAGUUCACCCCAAAAUGAAAACUGUCUUCUUUUGACCUUAAACUGCAAGACUUUAUUUUAUCUUCAGACCACACAUCAAGGUAUGUUCAAUCUGACAAAUCUGUGUCCCUCCAUAGAGUACAGUAGUGCUGCCCAGUUGAACCAAAUACACCAGCUACAUCACAUCAUUAUAUAUUUAGAUUUGAAGCAAAGAAAAGUAUGAUCAUACAACAAAGGUAUAUGUGUAUGUUAUGUACAUUACAAUCACAUGAUGCACUGACAAUCAGUAAAGUGUGACUGAGACAUUAAACUAUUCAAAGGUUGCUUUUGUAGAAUCUGUACCAAUAUAUUGCUGAUUAUGCAAUAUAAGAGUUUUAUAAGAAUACAGAUAUGAAUCUGUACUUUAUAUAUUAUAUUAUAU